AUGAGGUCUUUUCGUGAGGAAGAUAGCUAUAGUGUCCGGCAAGAGUCGCUUCCUAAAGCACCGAUUUAUGACCAGAGCCUUCAACGUGGUCUUGCUGAAGUGAAAGACUCUCUUAGCAAUAUUGCGAGCAUAAUGGGGGAGUCUGAUUUGGCUCAUGACUCAAAGUCACACUUCAACACUCUAUACCGCGAGACAAAAGACCUCAGCACCUUCCGAUACCCCGAAACACGUAUUGUUGGAUUCAUUGGAGACUCUGGUGUUGGCAAAAGCUCCCUCAUAAAUUCCCUCCUCGAUGAGCCAAAUUUGGCCCGCUCGGGUGGGGGUGGGUCGGCUUGUACCUCCAUGGUCACCGAGUUUCGAAGCGCGAAUGACAAUGAUCUCCAUGCGUAUACCAUUGAAGUCCAUUUUAUGGCCUCGGAUGAUAUUAGAGAAUUGCUGGAAGAGCUUUUAAGAAGCUUUCGAGUUUACUAUUGUGAAUCUCUAAAUCAAGAAAUAACUUCCGCCGAGGAGAGAGCAAAAUGCGAAGUCGAAGCUGACAACGCCUGGACGGCCCUCGAUUCCAUUUUUCAUGACCAACACGAACUAACCCAGGAGUUCCUCUUAGGGGAAGGCAGUGCAGCUUGGGAGGCAAUUAUUAACAAAUUGCAAAAAUGGGCAAAUACUGCCGUCGCUGGCAGAUCUGGUGACGGACAGGGGCUCGUUUCCAAGGUGUCCACAGGCAGUCUUCAAGCAUGCAAGGAUUAUCUUGAUCACCUGUCAGCUGAGUCUCAUGAAAACGGAGACCCUGUUCUAUGGCCUUUUAUCAAGUUGAUAAGGGUUUACCUCAAGUCGCCUAUUUUGCGAACAGGCCUAGUGGUGACGGACCUGCCAGGGUUCCGGGAUUCAAACUAUGCGAGAGUCAGGGCGACAGAAAAGUACCUCUCGCACUUUUGUGACGAGGUUUUCAUUCUUACAGGCAUCAUCCGAGCUGAGAGUGACACUUCAAUCGUUGAUAUCAAAAACAGAUGCCCAAACAAGCCAAAGCAUAUAGUCUGUACGAGAUCUGAGGAGGUUAAUCCGGAGGAAGAAGCCCGUGGCAAGGAGGAUUCUGCCCCACACGUUCGUACGAUGAACGAAAGAAUUCGCAAAUCUAAAGAUCGGCUCAGAUGCAUGAAAUUGAACAUGCGAAAGGGCAGUGCCAAGGAAAGAGUGGAGUGCACGUUCGAAUACACCGAGUUGCUGACUAAAAUCGAAGAUCUCGAGUUUGAGCGAACGAAAUAUCUUAUAGAUUUUCGGAACAGGAAAGUGACUGCUAAGCUCCAAGAAAAGUAUGCUGGCAUGGGAACAUUUUGCGUCAGUAACAAGUUAUAUUCAGAUCACCGUGACGAUGAGCCCCGUCUAGCAGAGUCCUAUAUUGCCCUUAGUGGGAUCCGCAGGCUACGGGAACAUUGCCAAUUGGUCCCUGCCAAAGCCCAACUACGAGCAGUAUCUGCUUAUCUGAGACACCAAGUUCCAGCACAUCUAGGUUCUCUACGCCAAUGGAUAUUGGCUGGAGUUGAUGCCGUUUCCUCUGAAACAGCUCCUGUACUCCGUGAAGCUUUAGAAGAAGCUGAGUCGGUUCUUCGUCGGGACCUUCUUUUACGCGGUGGUUAUGUUUACAAGCUUCGGCGUGACCUGAUCGAUGUAUUUACUCAAGGCAUCGUGACAUAUGCCCGUGAUUCUCAAGUCCCCUGGACGAAUCAAGCUGUCCAAGUUAGCCAAGAAUGGGCAACGUGGCACCACUCAACAUAUGCCGCUUACUGCCGGCAGAGCGGGACAUAUUCUACAAAAGCACAGAGAGAUCGUAGCUGGAACGACGAAUUGAUAUCUCGCCCGCGGAGCCAACUAAUACCGCAGUGGAAUAUGAUAAAAGAUUGGUUACAGUCUCAAAGUGACAAUUCUGAGGACACAAUUGAAGAGAUAUUCCAAAGGCUAUCAAAUCUACUCGAGUAUAACGAACAAUACGCUCCGCAGUCCAUUGGAAAUCUUCUUAUCAGCUUGGAAUCUCGCGAGCAGAACAUUGGGCAUGAAAUCGAAGGUUGUUUGAAUCAAAUUAUCCGAAGCACCGAGAUUACUUCGAAUGACAUGGUCGGCGGUCAUGCGAGCUCUUUUAUUGGUGACCUUAUGCGCCCUGCCUAUGUGGAAUGCAAUCGGGAAGGAGCCGUAAAGAAGGGUUUCGCUGAACUAAACAAAACACUCAAGGAACAAGUUGAUGGGAUUAUCAGAGACUUGUAUGCGGUUAUUGCAGAAGACGGAGAGACUACAGAGGCCGAGCAGAGGCCUGAAAUAUCCAAUCAGCUGGAAUCAGAAGUCGGGAAUACACAAGAGGUUCUUGAGAGGGUUCAACAAAUCUUGCAGCGUGUCGAAAUUAACUCCAUUUCAAGUUAA